AUGGCAAUGAUUGUCAAAGUUCUCAAGGACAAAUGGGUGUCCCCGCCGAAAGAACCGCAAGAAUCGUUUGCAGGACGUACGAUUAUGGUCACCGGUGCCACUAGUGGAAUCGGUCUUGCAGCCGCCGCCAAAUACGCCUCUUUAGGCGCCGCCAAAGUCAUCAUCACUGCUCGCGACAAGGCCAAAGGCGACCAGGUUCUCGCUGAACUCGAAGAGAAAACAGGCCGAAAGGAAUUGUUCGAGGUAUGGGAGCUAGACAUGAAUUCAUACGACAGCAUCGUCGCAUUUGCAAAACGGGCCAACGGCGUUGAUCACUUGGAUGUCGUAGUCCUCAACGCUGGAGUACGCCGAAGUCCCUUCACGCUGUCAAAGUACGGGUGGGAAGAGGAUGUUCAAGUCAACGUUCUAUCCACGACACUGCUUGGCAUUCUUCUGCUACCAAAAUUAAAGCAAUCCAACCGCGGCACCACCAUUCCCAUACUUGAGUUUGUAAACUCAGGACUCCAUGCAACGGCAGAAGUGGACGACAAUGUGCGCAACAGUCCAAGCAUCCUCGCAGAAUACAGCAAACCCGAGCGGUUCAGCGCUCAGAAGCAAUACGCGCAUUCAAAGCUGCUGCUCAUGUUUGCAACAAUCAAGCUCGCAGAGGCAACGCCGUCCAACCAAGUCAUCAUUACGUCAGUAUGUCCAGGCAUGGUUGCGACCAAUCUGGGUCGUGACAUCAAGUUCCCAGGCAUUUCUGUCAUCCUAGCAAUUAUGCGGCUGCUACUCUCCAAAACACCAGAGCAAGGCGCCUGCAUCUAUGUUAGCGGCACGGCACAAGACGAAAGGCGACACGGCCGCUUUUGGAGCACCGACGCAGUGCAGCCCGUUGCUCCUAAUCUGAGGGGCGAGGAGAAUAAGAAGCUUGCGGCGCGUGUGUGGGACGAGAUUGUAGAGGCACUGGUCAAGGAUGUGCCUGUGGUCAAGCAAACUUUGGCGACGAUGAUGUCAGGAGGGGCUCUGUCAAAUGGGAAGGCCAGGGCCUGA